UCCGUUACAUGUGCACGUAGCCGAGUGGGCGGUUGUCAAUCUGGUAUUGCUUCUCUGUGUGUCUCCAACGCUUUCCUCUAUUCGUCACACUGCACCAUCCACCCCCGACGACGUCGAGUGACCGUAGGGGGGCACACAGCGACGCAGGGGAACUGAAAUGUAAACGCGCAACAAUUGAUCAUAACCAUCCGACUUGUCAGCCUCUCAUCUCUAGUGGAGUCGCGGUGAGACAGCGGACACAUAUGUCUCACUUAUAUAGCUGCUGUGGACCAUAUUGAGCUGAAAUUGAUUCACGCCAGAGGGUCAAUAAUGUUAUAAGAUAAACACCGGAAAGCUUCCACUCACGUGUUUGUAUAGUUUCUAUGAAAACUGUAGAUGUUUGUAUUUUUAUACCCGUGUUUUUGUGCGUUCUUCGUGUUUGUUCAGCAACUCUCCUUUCUAAGCACACAUCAUCACAAUACGCGGAUUGCGUGCUCAGUGUGUGUGAUAAAGAAAUUACAUUAUAGGAAUAAUCCACUCAGAGGAUAAGAGGUGUAACGUUACGUCGUUUAGCUCAGUCACUCCUCACCGGCGCCCGUUCGUCCCAGUCUGCUUCGGGUCUCUCCGCCAUCGGGAGUUUCCCUACCUCGGUUUGGUCCGAUCGUUGUUCUUCCCAGUGAACUGCAGAAGAGCGAGCUCGCGCUACCUGGUAAAAGACUAUGUCGGUGUUGAUCCCGGAUGACCGGGUAUUCAGCAGCUUCAAGGAGGAGUGCGGUUGUGAGGAGGGCUGGAGUCUGACCUACAAUAAGACGGACAUGACAGUGUGGACUCAGACUAUAGGAGGAGACGAGGAGAAGUCACUCCACAAGAUUAAGUGUCGGAUGUCGUGUAAGAACGUGCCAGCUGAGACCAUGUAUGAUGUUCUCCAUGACAUCGAGUACCGGAGGAAAUGGGACGCGAACGUCAUCGAAACCUUCGACAUCGGAAAACUCACUGUUAACGCAGAUGUGGGCUACUACUCCUGGAAGUGUCCCAAGCCGCUGAGGAACCGUGACGUCAUCACGCUGCGCUCUUGGCUGCCCACUGGCAGUGAUUACAUCAUCAUGAACUACUCUGUCAAACAUGCUAAAUACCCCCCAAAGAAGGACAUGGUACGAGCUGUGUCCAUCCAGACUGGCUACCUGAUCCAGAGCCACGGACCGAACCACUGCACUCUUACCUACCUGGCACACGUGGACCCAAAAGGUUCACUACCCAAGUGGGUUGUAAACAAGUCUUCCCACUUUCUGGCUCCCAAAGCGAUGAAGAAGAUCAGUAAGGCGUGUCUGAAGUACGGAGAGUGGAAGCAGAGACACAACCCGGGAUUCAAGCCAUGGCUCUACCCUGAGCAGACUACACUACCCACAAUCCCAUUGUCCGAGCUUAGCAUCCAGCACGCAGACAGCCUGGAGAACAUUGACGAGAGUACACUCAGCGAAAUGCAGACACGGGAGGAGAGAGAUAGCGACUAACACCACACACACACACCUCAGUGAGAUCGGAGAGAGACAGU